CACAAAGUCAAUUUUUUUUUCUCAUUUACGGCAGCAUCUAAAAAAUCAUGAAACAGUGCAGUGUCCAUACAACAAUUGCAAUUUUGAGAGCAAUGUCUACUCUACAUUUAAUUCACAUAUAUGUAGAGAUCAUGGAGCACAUGAUCAAAGACAAUUGAAAUCUGAGGUUCUCUUGCACAUUGCUUCUCACAGUGUAGAUAAUGUGCAACAAGAAGAGCCUUUGAGCCCUGAUCCUGUAGAUGAACAUUUGGAGGAAAAUGAUAUAGAGAAUGAAAACCUUGAUCAAUUGCAUCAUCAAUUGGAGCACAAUUUAGCCUCACUAUUUCUUAAAAUGCAGGCAAUUUUGCAUGUUUCUGAUUCGGCUGCACAGGAAAUAAUUCAACAAAUAAAUCAAAUUUUACUUUUUUCAGAACCCCUUGUCUAUCAUGCAAUUCAGCAAAUUCUCCUUGAACAUGGACUGAGUGGCUGUGAUUCAUUAGUGAGAAAAAUUGUGAAUGCAGUAAAAGAAAGUAACCCAAUCUUGACAAUGACCAAAGAUGGCGAGCCUCUUUCCACAAUAAGCAGAAGAGCAUCAUAUUUUCAGAGGGAAUUUCCGAUUGUCAUGCCAAUUGAAUACAAGCUUGAUGCACACUCAGUCUCUUAUGUGCCAAUUCUGCAAAUGUUGCAGAAAAUUCUAAACAGGCCAGACAUUCUAAAUAGGGUCCUUUGCAAUGAUCGAUCAGUUAAUGAAUUCAAGACUUACCGAGAUGGCACCCACUAUCAAGAAAAUGACUUUUUCAACACUGAGACCUUCAGGAUUGUUCUGGGUCUUUAUGUUGAUGAAUUUGAGCUGGCCAAUCCCCUUGGCACUUCUAGAAAAAAACACAAACUGUUCGCUCUCUAUUGGGUUCUAGCUAAUCUUCCCUCAAAAGAUCGUUCAUUACUUCAGUCAAUUCAGCUAGCAAUUUUAUGCAGAGCUACUGCAGUAAAACAACAUGGUUACACAGACAUCUUGCGACCACUUGUUCAGGACCUUGAAACUCUUGAAAAGCAUGGUGUAUACAUUGAACAGUUAGGAGAAUGUGUGAAAGGAAGUGUACUUUUUGUGUCAUCUGAUAAUCUAGGUGCUCAUUCUUUCGCAGGACUACAGGAGAGUUUCACUGUUGAGCACCCUUGUCGGUUCUGCUUGGCAACGAGGAGUGAAAUCCAGGAGAAGGAGGUCCGGUCGGGAGCAUUUGAACUGAGAACCAAGCAGGAGCAUGACAGGCAUACCAAGUAUGGAGACAACAACUGUACUCCGAGUUAUAAUUUGUGACAACGACAUCCGAAAAAUUGUACUUCCUGUGAAACCACAGACAGUUGACUCACUGUUGGAACAACUUGAAGAAAAGCUGGGACUUCAGUACAAGUUCGCACUUCAGUUUGAGGAUCCAGACUUCAACAAUUCCCUCGUGAAUCUUACCAACAUUGCUGACUUGCCAGAUAAGCUUACACUGAAGAUUGUCUCCCUUGUGACGUCACCAACCCCUAGCACAGCUGACACUGAAGUCCUAUCUGUGGCUUCUGAUCAUCCACGCCAUUGUCUACGGACUGCAUGGCCAGAAACUUUCGAGAUCCCUACUUUUCCUGUUGACGUUGAGUAUAGAUUACGUCAGGGAAAUCUACAGUACAUGCGAGAUCAAACAUACCUACAAUUGUCAGGAGAGCUUAAGCAUGAGAUUCUCGAAAAACUCUCAGAAACUAUAUACAGUUACA